AUGGUUGGCCCUGCUAUCAUUUGCACUUGCAUUGCUGCGCUCGCCUGGGCAGUUCAUGGGGAUUUCGUGUCGACCGAAUACGAACCAUACAAUAAUGGAGAUCUAGGCCACCGUCCUCAUCUAGAAUUCCACUCGAGCAGCGAAUUCGCACCUCUCCUGCAAGUCAAUAUAUGGAAUCGAUCGGCCAUAUCGGACACGGGCUCCCAUGUAUUCCUCCGACAUGACGGUAACUCAACCUCGCCGCUCGCAUCCCCACUGAUUCUCGACGCCAACGACUUGAGUGCGGUCUUCAUGAAUCGAUCCUUCGAGAAUGUAUUUGGCACCCGCAUUCAGGAGAAUUUCAGCAAGAAGUAUUUGACCUUCUGGGAGGGGUACAAGUCCAACGGGAUUGGAGACGGCUAUGGGCUUGUCUAUGACGACACCUAUCGUUUGGUAUACAAAGUCUGGGCACAGAAUAUGAAAGUUCACAGUGACCUUCAUGAAUUUGCAUUUACUGGAAACGGAACGGCCUUGGUCACGGGUGUCAACGACAUGAUUGCGCGUGGGUCUGAUUUCAAUGAAACAUGGGGUUUGCCCAACAAAUUUGAGAUUCUGGAUGCCGCUUUCCAGGAGAUUGAGUUGGAGACAAACGAGGUACUUUUCCACUGGCGAGCCAUCGAUCAUCUCAAUCCUAUGGACUCACACGAGCCGAGCGGUGCUGGUUGGGAUGCCUUUCAUUUGAACAGCAUCGAGAAGACUAAAGCAGGCAACUAUCUAAUCUCCAUCCGCCACCUCCACUCCAUUCUCCUCAUCGAUGGGAAAACUGGCGAUGUCAUAUGGACAUUGGGCGGCAAUAAGAACGAUUUUGUCGAACUGCCUCCUCCUGAAGGGGUCGAUCCCGUCCAACCUUUGCUGACAAUGGCCUGGCAACAUCACGCCCGUUUCGUCCCCGGAACCGACGAGAUGCAGAUCACCUUCUUUGAUAACCACGCCAAGGUCACUUCACACGGUGAAUGCAGCUGGGACUGCUCGCGUGGUCUUCACAUCGCCAUUGACGAUACUGUCUCGCCGCCGACGGUCCAGCUCCUGCGCGAAUUCCGCCAUCCGGCAGACCUUCAGGCCCAGAGCCAAGGAAGCAUUCAAGUCCUCUCGCCUGCCCCGGGAGACAUCGGCAACGUAUUCAUAGGCUGGGGCCGGUGCCCGUCAUUCACGGAACAUACUUCGACUGGCGAGACCAUCAUGAACGUACAAUUUUCCCCGUGGCACAGUGUCGAAAUCCCCGACGCGCUUGACAACUACCGCGCAUACAAGAUGGAUUGGUCCGCGACGCCAUGGUGGGACCCCGUUAUUGCGCCAAAGCUGAGCUUUGAGGAUGAAAUGGUGGUCUAUGUCAGCUGGAAUGGUGCGACUGAGGUGGCGGGUUGGGUUGUCCGGGGAGCGGAAACCGAGAAGCUGGACGAGAGCCAAGUGCUGGCGACAUCCCGGCGGACCGGGUUUGAGACGAAGUUGACGAUUGGGUGGCCUGACUACCAGUAUAUAUGGGCCGACGCCAUGGAUCGUAACGGAAAUGUGAUUCGAUCGACCGAAGUCGUCAAUCUGGGCACUAGGGAAAUAUCUUUUGCUUCUGACCUUUAUGGCGUGAACAAUUCAAUGUUCCAACCCACGGGCGACGUGGCGUGGGAGUACGUGAAUCCUGUUGAAUCUCAACGUUUGUCGAAGACUGCAUGGGCUUUACUGGGUACUGGGCUGGGUGUCCUCUUUUUGGCCGGCGUAACAGUCGGUGUCAUUGUGUGGCACCGAGGCAAUAACUAUAAUCGGUUGGGAGCCGAUGAUUUUGUUCUGGGUGAUGAUUUCGAUCUUGAUUCUGUGGUCAGUGAGGGUAGUAAUGACGACGGCGAAGAUGUCGAUAGGGCUGCUAAUGUUGACCCGCAGUCAAGAACGGCCGAGGACAGCCGCGCCCUUCUACAAAACGCGGAGAAAUAG